AUGGCCGAUUGUGCGGGUCCAUUACGACCUGCGGAUAGCUGGUCCACAACGGAAGUUCGUUCGGUAACCCACAGCCAUGUCUGGACCAUCAAGGGAUUCAGUCAAUGUGAGUGCCGAUAUUUGGAAACGUCGGCAAAAAUUCGUGAUCUCACACAAGUUACACCUAUGCCAAUGCCACCACCAACAUCAACGCCAAACGUGUCUGCGGCUACGUUAGAACCUCCAAUGUUAACAUUUCGAAUCCGGUUACAUCCACAAGGCAACAAGGAGUCAAAUAAAGACUUUAGCUUUUUCCAGUGUUUCUCCAAUCAGACGAAUGUACAAUUCAAGGCGAAGUUUAAAUUUACCGUAUUUAAUUCCCGGAACGAGGAAAUCCCCACUACUGUAUAUACAGGGACACAGCAGUUACAUGGAUAUUUUGAGUACAUCCGAAGAGAUCUCUUAAUUAGCCAUGUACAUCCAUCUGAUGAACUGCAAUUAGUGUUGAAUAUGACGGUCACUUUUGACACAGUAACAAGGACAAGUCAAGCGCCGAAAACACUCGGUCCGCCGGAACCUAAGCCUGCAGAGGUGACAAAGGAUCUCGAAUCAAUAUUUAAGGACGCCAAACUUUCUGAUUUUACCAUUGUCGUAGGAGAUAAAGAAAUUCCUGUUCACAAGGUUGUCCUAUCUGCUCGAUCUCCAGUAUUUGCCGCCAUGUUAGAGCCGCAUACGGAAGAGGCUAAAACAAAUCGGGUUGUUCUUGAGGAUGUAGAUUAUGAAGUGAUGCAUGAACUACUAAUGUAUAUGUACUCUGGUCGAUCCCCGAAUAUUCAAUCCAUGGGUUUGGAUCUGCUAGCAGCCGCUGACAGAUUUCAACUACCUGGACUGAAGGAGAUGGCUGACCAUGUUUUACGGAGUGGCCUAAUUGUUGACACUGCCUGUAAGUUUCUCGUCUACGCUGACAUGUACAACUCGGCCGAACUGAAAAAUGAAGCCGUUAAAUUUAUAGCGCAGAACAUCAACAGUGUAAUCCUGACUGACACAUGGGCGGAAUUGACGCGAGAUCAUGGUUGCUUAGUCACAGAAAUUGUCGCCCAUAUGUCAAGUGAACGGAAGCCGUGUAUAGGCAGUGUAAACACGAACGCGAACAGCAUUCAUGCCAUGUCGUUAAGCUCAUCCAUAUCUGGGGAACCGCCAACGAAACGUAUACGUCUGCUAACGCACGAGUAG